UUUAUUACGCACACUCGCUCCUCUCUAGGGUUUAGAGACCCUUCUCUCUCCUCGCAACCCUAACCCUAGUAGCACCGCCUCGCCCCUCCUUCCCCUCCACUCUCCUCUCGCCUCUCUCUCUCAGAGGAAACAAGGAUCUCAAUCGCCAUGGACAGAUACCACAAAGUGGAGAAGCCCCGGCCCCAAUCCGCCAUUAACGAGAACGAGGUUCGAAUCACCACACAGGGGCUCAUCCGGAACUACGUCAACUACGCCACUAGUCUCCUUCAGGAAAAAAGAGUGCGAGAGAUUGUCUUAAAGGCCAUGGGACAGGCGAUCAGCAAAACUGUGGCUGUUGCAGAGAUUAUGAAGAAAAGGAUUCCUGGUUUGCAUCAAGAAACCUCGACCAGUUCGGUUAGUAUUACUGAUGUAUGGGAACCUAUUGAGGAGGGCCUUGUACCAUUGGAAACAACACGCCAUGUUUCAGUUAUCUCAAUCACUCUGUCACCAAGAGAGCUAAACAAGGACUCCCCUGGGUAUCAAGCUCCAGUGCAUGCAGAGCAGCCUAAGCACCAACAAAAAGCCCAACAGCUGCAGGAGUAUCAACCGCAACAACAGUAUCAACCAAGACAAAAUCAAGAUUCCUAUGGACGAGGGAGGGGUAGGGUGAGAGGAAGAGGAAGGGGUUGGGCUAGAGGAGGAUACGGUGUCUAUGCUGGAUAUGGAAACAACCGAGGUGGGUACGGUGGAUACAGGAACAAUCAAGGUGGAUAUGGUGGAUAUCGAAACAAUGACGGUGCGUAUGGUGGAUAUCAGAACAAUGAAGGUGGAUAUGGAGGAUAUGGACACGACCAAGAAAAUGGUGGAUGGAGCUCAAAUUGGGGUCAAGGUGGCGGGCGAGGUAGAGGGAAUUGGAGUUAUCGCGGUUCCGGAUAUGAACGCGGCAGGGGCGUCACAAGAGGAUACUAUGCUCGGGGCAGUCGCGGAAGGGCUGGGGGCCGCGGGAGAGGGUUUCAGCAGGCCUCCUACUAGUUGAGUGGUGGGCUUACUCUUGUCUUGCAACGGCUAACUUUCCCUGUUAUAAGUAUUAAGUGCAUUCACUUACUAAUUUUUUCUGCUGUAUUCUUUUCAUCCAACUACGGCCCACCGCUGUAUCUAGUGGUAAACAUGUUUCUUAGUUCCCCGUUUUUUCUCCCCCUCCUUUUUAAUUGUGAGUUUGCAGUUUUGAUUUUGUUGAGAAGUUUUAUUAACAUGUGACCUGUAUUUUAUUUACUGUUUCUAAGAAUGCAACUUAAAUUGUAUUCCUUAGCCUUAGGCCUGGUUUGAGAAUGCGGUGUCGAAAAACACUUGCUUUUAUGUUUUGAAAAGCUGUUUACUUUUUUUAGAACA